AUGAUCCUUUCGGAGGCCGAUGGUACACCGUCGGUUACGACCACUGCAGCCCCGGAGCGGCAUGAUACUACUCCAAAAAACACCGACGACACUAUUAUUAAUGUCAGUCCUCGCGGUCCGGAGGGUGCUCCGGCAGCUGGCAAACCUUCCGCGGCAGUCGAGAGUGCGCUGGAAAAUUCGCAGCACGAUGAAAACGGAGAAAUGAGCCAGAACGCCCAGUCGGAGGAGGGAAAGCCGCCAUGGAGCGAAAUGAAAACGAAGGCCGGGAAGGAGAGGAAGCGUCUGCCGCUGGCAUGUAUUGCAUGCAGAAGAAAGAAAAUUCGAUGUUCGGGUGAGAAGCCAGCUUGCAAACAUUGUUCUCGAUCUCGAAUACCUUGUGUCUACAAGGUCACCACAAGGAAAGCAGCACCUCGGACGGAUUACAUGGCGAUGUUAGACAAACGGCUGAGGAGGAUGGAGGAAAGAGUCAUCAAGACUAUUCUCAAGGAUGAAACAAGAGACAUGGCAGCUAUUGGUAGGGCUGUGGUACGGCCCACUUCCCAAAAGAAACGGUCAGCCGCGGAAGCCUUUGAAUCGGAAAUAGGACAAUUGGCAGGGAAUGAAGGCAGUGCGACAGCCAAUAAUAAUGUCCCUGUGCCUAAUCAGAACAGGAUUGGCGAUGGGACCAGUCUUCUGAAAGCGGGUUCCGAAUUUCUACCCUCGAUGGAGAUCCAGGAACACCUCGCAGAGGUCUUCUUCGACUGUGUAUAUGGGCAGUCCUAUAUGGUUCUACAUAAACCCAGCUUUAUGAGAAGACUGAAAGCUGGUAUUGUUCCACCGGUGCUGAUUCUGGCUGUUUGUGCUAUUUCUGCUCGGUUCUCCACGCAUCCACAGAUUAAUUCUGAACCCCCUUUCCUGCGCGGUCAGGAGUGGGCCGAGCCCGCAGCAUCCAUAGCUCUAAGCCGGCAUGACGAGCCGAAUAUCACCAUCCUAACUGUCUUUUUGCUUCUUGGCUUACAUGAGUUUGGGACCUGCCACGGUGGGAGAAGUUGGUCUUUUGGGGGUCAGGCAUUGAGAAUGGCCUACGCGUUACAACUUCACAAGGAACUCGAUUAUGACCCUCUACUUACCCAGAGAAAUGGAAAUGGUUCGCAACUCAGUUUCACAGACCGCGAGAUUCGAAGACGCAUUAUGUGGGGUUGCUUUCUCAUGGACCGUUUCAACUCUUCUGGCAGUCAACGUCCACCCAUGGGAAACGAGACCUUUAUGCAAAUCCAGCUUCCCAUUAAGGAGUCCCGCUUCCAGAUGGAAAUUCCUGGACCAACCGAAGAUCUUCACGGAAACGUCCCGAAUCCGGUUCCCGACGAUGUAGGCCAGUCGCCUAAUGCGAGGGAGAACAUGGGUGUCUCGGCCUAUAUCAUCCGUGCCACAGCCAUCUGGGGCCGCAUAGUAGACUAUCUUAAUCUUGGUGGGAUGCAAAAUGACCCCUAUCCAUUGUGGUCACCAGAGUCUGGCUAUGCACGCCUUAAGACACAAGGCGAAGAGUUUUCCGCAUCGCUUCCUAGUUCUCUGUCAUUCACGUAUGAGAACCUCCAGGUACAUGCUGCGGAGAAGACUGCGAAUCAGUUCCUAUUUCUCCAUAUAAUCGCUCAUCAGAACAUACUCUUUUUGAAUCAAUUUGCUAUCCCUCUUUCACCUGGGGUCAGGCCGCCAAAGAAUAUGCCAAAGAACUUCCUCAGCGACGCCGGCCGAGCGGCCGUUGAAGCUGCCCAUCAUAUUUCUGUCCUCAUCAACUAUGCUUCAUCUCACAAUCUUACUGCUCCGUUUGCAGGUUACUGUGCUUACUCGGCGAGCACGGUGCACAUCUGGGGCAUUUUCUCCAAAAAUAUACAGCUGGAGGCAUGGUCGAAGGAGAAUCUUCGGCAUACAUAUCGGUAUCUGAAUAAAAUGAAAAGGUACUGGGGUAUGUUCCAUUACAUGGUGCAAAGCUCUAAGGAUCGAUAUCGAAACUUUGCAGACGCAGCUCUGAGGAGAUCAACUACAAGCUGUGAUGGCCAAGUCACGCCAAUGUUCCAGUAUGGAGACUGGUUCGACCGAUAUCCUCACGGCGUGUCGAGACUGCAUUGGGAAGACCCCGAAAGAAAAGACAAGGAGACUGCAGCUGAGGAAGCGGUAAUGGGUCAAAAGCCCGAUCUUCAGAGCGUGGAGGAUUUUUUUGCCAGUCUCUCCUCACCUAGCGUGGAUAGUCCCCAAAAGACAUACAGUACAACGCAUCGACAGUCGCACUCCCGAAGACAUAACAGCAUAGCUUCUCCCGGAUCCGCCAGAGGCUCAACCCAAGCCGGCUAUGUUUAUCCAUCACCGCGAGCGACAACGGCAAAUACACCAGGUGGAGCGAUGGUAACAACCACAUCUGAAUUCCCUCGGGCCACAACGUCGACGUUGUCCUCUCAGAACAACCCUGCUCAUCCUGAACCCUUUCAACUCGACCAGCUCAAUUUCAAUUUCACCAUUCCAGACCAGCUGCCCCAGCUAGACCGCCAAUUUGUCUACGACGAAGCAUUUACCGGUCUUGACUUUGCCGCGCUCGACGCAGCAAUGAACGACAACCUUACCGACCCUUCCAUGCAGCCCGUCAGUAAUGCGGGAGAAUCCUUCUCCCUUUGGACAGAGGCAGAUCAAUUCGAUCCCACAGUCCCGUCUGGAGCAGGCGAUCUCUACCAGCCCAGCGCAUGGUUCUUGCCUUUUAACCUGGACCCGGCUGGGGGAACCGGACUUGAUCUGGGCACCCCUGGCGAUAUGGUGUGAUUCAGAAGGGAUGAGAUGCAUGAUACUUUUGUGCUAUGACAUAUUGGAAAGCUGGAUAUUCUUCAUUCAUAUUCUAUAUACUGGCAUUCAGCCCAGUGGUUGCAAAUACUCCGCUUUUAUAUAGAUCUGGGUUGGAUGCAGGUCUAAAACCCUGAGAUAAACUUCCAACACUAUUGGCUCUGAAUUCUUGUGGUCAUUUUAAUGCUUUUAUUGUACGAUUAAGGAAAUACAUAAACUGGGAUUAUAUUGUAUACAUUACGGAAAAUCAGUCCCUAAACAGCGUUUGUUUUGGCGUAGUAGCUGUAUUUGCUUCAACUUGUUCGAGAAAUGCUGAAGAGCGCUCUG